CACUGAUGUUUGAAAUGGAAGCUCCAAAACUUUUAAAAAGAACCCUCAGAAUGGCUUUGAACUGGACAAGCUAAAAAUUUCUUCAAAAUACCGCCUCCACAUUUGUCUACCCCAUUGGGCCUUCUCGGAGACGUCUUUCUGUCAAGCUGACUCUCAUGGCUCCAGACUAGUAGAUUUGACCUUUCUGCUAGGAUUCUCCCACUUUAUUAUAUUCUCUCUCAGAGUUGUAAGAGAUGUAGAGAUAUUCAUGAAACUGAAGAGCCUACAAGGAAGGGAAGUGACACUUUCAUGCUAAAUGAAAACAAAGCAAGUGUCAAUUGUAAUAACACAUGAACCUACCAUGUCUGGAUUCACUGGAUUGUGAAGAAAGAGUAACAGCCACAGCUGGGGACAAAGAAGUGAUACUGAAAAAGUAAAACCAAAAGAAGAGAAUGAGGACGGCUGCCAAGUAAAUGGCCACCUCCACCUCCGUAGAGACAAAGUUAGCCUCUUGGUGGAAUUAUUUUUUUCUUUAUGAUGGUUCCAAGGUAAAGGAAGAAGGUGAUCCAACAAGAGCUGGCAUUUGUUAUUUUUAUCCUUCCCAGACCCUGCUUGAUCAACAGGAGUUGCUUUGUGAACAGAUUGCUGAAGUUGUCCGCUGUGUUUCUGACAUUUCUGGCUCUCCUACCACUCUCAUUCGUCUGCGGAAACUUAAGUUUGCCGUAGAGGUCGACGGAGAUUACCUUUGGGUGCUGGGCUGUGCCGUAGAGCUCCCUGAUAUCAGCUGCAAGCAGUUUCUGGAUCAGCUGAUUGGAUUCUUUAAUUUUUACAAUGGACCUGUUUCUCUGGCUUACAAGAACUAUUCUCGGGAAGAACUGAGCACGGAGUGGGAUACCUUCAUUGAACAAAUUCUGAAAAACACCAGUGAUCUGCAUAAGAUAUUCAACUUCCUUUGGAACUUGGACCAAACUAAAGUGGAGCCCCUGUUGUUGCUGAAGGCAGCCCUCAUUCUGCAGACCUGCCAGCGCUCACCUCACGUUCUCGCUGGCUGCAUCCUCUACAAAGGACUGAUUGUCAGCACCCAGCUGCCGCCCUCUCUCACUGCUAAGGUCCUGCUUCACCGAACUGCACCUCAGAUCCAGAGACUGCCUACAGGAGGGGAUGCCCCACAGGAGCCUGGAGCAGCAUUGCCCCCGAAUGUCCAUAUUAUCCCUGUUUUUGUGACAAAAGAGGAAUCCAUCAGUCUCUGUGAGUUUCCAGUGGAACAGAGGACUAGCUCUCCUGCAUCUCCAGAAAGGCUCCAGGACAGCUCAGCCCAGCACCCUCCGAAGGCUGGAAGCACAUUUGCCCUGGAAGAAAAUGCCACCGGGCAUGUAGAAUCUGUGGCCUGGAUGUUGGCGACCACCCUGCAGCCUAUGUCCCCUGAUGAAGCUUGGCCGAGUGGCCAGAGGGAGAAUGAACACUUGUUUGUACGUGAUCUGGAGAGCCUUGGGCCCAAUGAAUUGCACAACUCUGCCAGGGGCCAGGGUCCUGGCCCUAGCUGCUCCCUGGUGAAGGAACUGGGCUUUCCUCAUCAGGAGCUGGAUCUGUCUGAAAUCCACAUCCCAGAAGCUCAGGAAGUGGGACUAUCUUCAGAUUGUUUUGCUUUUCCAGUUGUGUGUGUCCCAGAAGGCAGCCAUUCUUGCCACAAAGAAUCUGUCAGUGGCUCAAGCAACUCAGAACCCGUGCUGCCUGAGGAUACAUCUGCAAGCACCCUGCUCUCUCCCUCCGUUCCUGAGAUGCUAACCCAGAAUGGAGCUCCAGAACUGUGCAAAGAUCUUCGUGGAAACAGCAGCCAAGCCUCUGGUCCCAGAGAAGACCUUUUCUGCAGAAGGACUAGCAGAUCCUUGUCACUGCCUCACUUAGACCCAGGGCAGAGAGGAAGUAAGCUUCCUGCAGGAGAACAAAACACAGAUCAGUGUGUGGAUGGGGCUUGUGGGGGGCAUGCAGCUCCUGGUCUGGAGAGCAGUGCAGGCUUGGCAAACUGUCAGGGUACUGGCCCCUCCGCAGACAGAUUGGACUCCAGGAGAACCUCCUCAGGGUCCCGUGUGGGACUUGUGCGGAUGAACCUCUACACUCACAGUGUUAAAGGGCUGGUGCUGUCCCUGCUGGCUGAGGAUCUGCUGCUGGGAGAUGGUGCAGCCAUAGAGGAGGUGUACCACAGCAGCCUGGCGUCCCUGAAUGGGCUGGAAGUCCACCUGAAAGAGACUCUUCCCAGAGAUGAGGUCGCCUCCACCAGCAGCACCUACAACUUCGCGCACUAUGACCGCAUCCAGAGCGUGCUGACGGGGAACCUGCCAAAGGUGGCCACCCCGCAGGAUCGCCGCUUCCUCCAGGCCAUCAGCCUGAUGCAUUCGGAGUUUGCCCAGCUGCCCUCGCUGUAUGAAAUGACCGUCAGGUGA